AUGCUUUCUCCAGAGAUUCACAAAAACCACUGGAUGAUCUCCGUGCUACUGGCGGUCAUCUAUUACUUCCUGUCUUCAGUUCUCGACUUCAAGCCCAUGGCUUUCAUGAGACUCUCGCAAAUCUCCGGAAUGGCCUCCCUGUACUUUGUUGUCUUCCAACCCACGACUGAACUCACUGCCAAUGCCUACAAGCUUGCCGCCGGUGUUCACCUUCUCUGCCUCGGUGUAUACACGCCAGGAAUAGGAGUCCCCCAGCUGAUCGGAGCCCGUCAUGCCUACCUCGUCCACUACUGGAUGGUCUACAACGCCCUUGGCUUUUUCGAGUCCCUCAGACGACGCGCUCCUGAAAGUCGAUCCAAUGCGUUCCGUAGCGUUCUCACGGAGUUCAGCAGAAAUCCCGGUCUUAGCUGCCUCAUCAAGACCCUCGCCUUCAUCGUCUGCUCGGCCUUCUUCUUCCUCUUUGUGCUCGUGGGCUUCACGCUCACCGAACUGAUCACCGGUGCUCAAAUUCGCCGUGACCCCCCUGGCCUCUACGAAGUGGCCUUUUUUGCCAUCUUCUCCAAGAUGGGGAUGCUCCUCGCUGAAUAUUUUUACUUCCUUCUCAUGACAACCUUUGGUUUGUUCGAAGGGGUUGAGUAG